AUGCACAGACUUCCUCUGUCUUUUGCUUUGCUCACUUACUGCGGCUACUGGAGACCGACUAAAUGGCCACACACUUCGCUCAAGUAUCAUCUGUACAACGUUUACUCUGUGUUCAUGAUUUUGCUACUAUACUUCUUCGCGUUCUGCUCUUGCGUGGAUUCGUUUACUAGCAAAAACCUGGAGACUAUGACCGACAAAUUUUCUCUCUGCGUCUCUGUGGUAGGAGUCUGCCUCAAAGUAGCCAAUCUCUUUGUCCGGCGAGGAAAAAUUAUAAAUGUGAUGAAUAUGUUGUUGAACGAGAAUUAUAUUGCGAGAGACGAUCAGGAAGAACGCAUCCAACGGAAGAACGAUGAUUAUGCCAGAAAACUAACGAUAUACUGCGAGAUCCUGAACGAAUCGGCAGUGUUCUUUGCGACCGUGGGCCAAUAUAAAAAUCUCAUAAGUACGAGAGAGUUACCAGUGUCCGAUUGGAUGCCGUACGAUUUAUCCUCGCAGAAACUGUACAUGACAUCUUUAGUGUAUCAAACAGUUGGCUUGUUGAUCUGUGCAAAUACCAGCGUAGCCAACGAAACACUGAUCGCAGGGUUGAUGAUACAAAUCAGCACGCAAUUUGAGAUAUUUUGUCAUCGAGCUAGAAAUGUAUCAUUCUCAUUGACGACAGCAAGAAGGAACACCAUGUCUAACGAAGAAUUCAAGAUAAGAUGCAAUAAAAUUAUUGGGAACUUAAUUAGACAUCACCACGAACUUUACGAAUUUGCCGAAACAGUGAACAGUGUGUUUCAGUACAUGAUUUUCUUACAAUUUUGCAUAAGUUCGAUAGUACUAUGUCUCAGUGUCUAUCAGUUUUCCACGGUAGAUCCGUUCAGUAUGAACUUCGUCUGGAGCGGCUUCUAUUUGUGCUCUAUGCUUAUGCAGGUGUAUUUAUACUGUUGGUUUGGGAACGAGGUGACGUUGAAGAGCAACAAAGUUCGCGAUGCUAUUUAUGAUAUGGACUGGACCAUACUACCUACUGACGUAAUGAAGAAUUUAUUGCUAAUCAUAAUUAGAACUGAUAGACCUGUUAAAAUGACAAGUGGUCACGUUGUUGUUUUAUCUUCGCAAUCUUUCGUGUCAAUCAUAAAGAUGACUUACUCUUCGUACAAUCUUCUGUCAAAUUCUACGAGCAAAUAAGAAUUUUCGUCGUUACUGUGAUUCAAUUUUUACUGACUGUUUAAUUAUCGUAAAUUACUUACAAUUAUUGUAAAAGUGUGUGUCCUUUUUACCGUUGUGCAUGGUCAUACAACACUUUCACUAAUGUACUCAUGACAGUCAUGACUGAGAAAUAAAAAUGCAGAAUUGAAUCAACAAA